GCCACCACCACUCAUCCUCCUCACCCACGCGCUUACUCUUUCUUGCUUCCAUCAAGAGACCCACAGAGAGCGGGGCAGAGUAAGCCAGCCGGCGAGCCAAGAACCUGUCAGCGCCCAUGUCCGUGCAGGUAGCGGCGCUGGGGACGACGGGGGAAAAUACGAUGGCGACGACGGCUUUGUCGUACGUGGAAUACAUGGCGCAGUGGGAGCAGCAGGUAGAGCGGCGGCAGCUGUUCCUCCGGAGCUACCACUUCUCCCGCGACGCCGAGGUCUCGCCGCGCGCGCGCGUGCGCCGCGUCGUCUGGGCCGGGGCGCGACGUCUGCGUCGAGCCGCCGCCAAGGGGCUCCGACGCCUCCGGGCGCGCAUCCGCCUCUGCUUCGGCUGGGCCGCCCCCGCGCUCCGCCGGCGCUCCUCCCCCCGCCGGGCCGGCCACGGGUUCCGCUACGGCCGCAUCCCCCGCGCAACGAAGGCUGCAAACGCCGCGUCCGUUUGCUUCUGGUAGCCAGGUCGUGAGCGCAAACGUGGGAGCGCACUUGUUGGCUUCUAUGUUGAACUUGGGACGCUGUAAAAAUUACUGAUAAUAGGAACGAGAAGAGAGAUCACAAAUUCAAUGCGAGUUACUCAGGUAGUUGGCCAAGCACAAGUGAGAAGCUGGGCGCCACUAACACGUAAAGAUUUUUAUUUCGUUGACUCUUUUGUACAGAAUUUGGACAUCUGAUCUGAUCCCAGAUCAGGCUUGCUAUUCAAAUCUACAUGUUGCCUUGCUAUCUCUGUCUAGAAGAGGAAGAGAGAACGGACCACAUCCUCAUUCAGUCCAAUGUGUACACUAAGACAGACUUGGCAU